AUGCAGAGGCCCAGGUACGAGUGCGACAGGUGCGGCGUUAUCCCGAUCCGCGGCACGCGGUGGGUGUGCGAGACGUGCAACGAAGAUCUCUGCGACGCCUGCCGGCAGCUGCCGCCGCCAGCAGACGAUCACGAGCAUCAUCUCAAAGCCUUCCCCGGCGAAGACGCCGAAGGCUGUUGCGUAUUCCACACAUCGCACGCGACGGCCAUCGACGACGCGCAGAACUCGAGUCUCCGCCGGCUGCACAAUGAGUACGGAUCGUACGAGAAGCUGGAGAAGGAGAAGAGGGAGAUCCGGCUCGUCCAGGUCUUGGACGGAGAGCAGCCGGGCGCGCCGCUGGUCUGCGUGCUGCGCAAGUUUCCGAUGGAGCGGUGCGAGAACUACACGGCUGUGUCGUAUACCUGGGGCGAUUUCCGGCACACUCGCGCGAUCCGGCUGAUCCACUGGCGCGAGGGCAUGCAGACGAAGGACCUGGAGGAGGACGACCUCAUCACGUUCCAGGUCACCAGGAGCCUGCACGAUGUCCUGCAGUGCCUCAGGCACAACCCGAAAGAUUGCUCUGCCGAGUGCAGCGGGAAGUUCUACUGGAUCGAUGCGCUGUGCAUCAACCAGGGCGACCCGGACGAACGGAGCCACCAGGUCGCCAUGAUGAGGGAGAUAUACUCGCGCGCUGCGAGGGUCUCGGUCUUCCUUGGGCAGAAGUAUGCCGGUGACGAGGUAGCCGAAGUUCUCAACGUUAUUUCCAGCGCGGUGAAAGCGCAGCUCGGAGACGGCGUCGACGUCGCUUCCAGCUCCAACGACGUGUUGGCGCACCUGGUCUACAUCAUGGCGAAUGCGCGCUUCACACGCCGUGGUGGAGAAGAGCUCCCAACGGAGAUGGUGCUGAAGUGGCUGUCGAAGCUCUUCUCCAGCCCGUGGUUCGGACGAGUCUGGGUGCUACAGGAAGUCUACUGCGCGCGGCCGGGCGCCGCAUUUGUCGAGACCAGCCACACGUCGCGCAUAUCGUGGAGCCAGCUCAUCAUGGCGAAGAACCUCUACUACUUCUACUGGCGGCUCCUGCCUUGGCAAGACACCAUCCACAAGAUAUCCGAGCUUUGGUCCGACCUGUAUCGGCUCCAGACCGAAAAGCAACAAGAUGCCGCCGCAGCUCCCCAAACCGGCUACAAGGACGCCCUAUGGCUCUUCGAGCAGACGCUGCCGCUGUUCGGGGCAUCGGACCCGCGCGACCACCUCUACGGCAUCCUCGGCCUCUGCACCGACUGGAACGCCGUCCCGGACUACACACGCCCCGCGAGCCAGGUAUACGCCGCCUUCGCUCGCGACUGCAUCAGGCGCUCGGGCUCGCUCCGCGCGCUCGCCGUCACCAGCACGACGACCACGUUGGCGGACCAGGCGUGCAGGAACUGCCAGCACCACUGUGCCAACGAGGCAGAAAAGGACCAUCCGUCCUGGGCGCCCUGGAACGUCGCUAAAAGGGGGCACGCGAAAUCGCUGCUACCGGCGGCGCCGGAUGCGAAUCUGCUCGGCGCCGGCUUCGAGAUUGACCGCGGCUUGCUUCUUGUAGACGGCGGCGGCGACCCGCGCGUCCUGUCGCUGCGCGGUGUGCGGCUGGAUGCGGUCGAGGGGUUCUGGACGGCCGAGACAUUCUUCCCGCCCAUCGUCCCGCUGCAGCAGCAGCAGCGUCAGCCGCCGCCGAAUAGGAGCCCUCUGGCCGAAUGCUGGGAAGUCGUGAAGAAGCUGUACCACGCGGGGAAGAAGUUUCACGGCUCCCACCCCAACAACAACGGCAACGCUUGUCCGUAUGGGACGUCCGGAGAGUGCCAGUUCGACGCCAGUAUGACCGACGGCGAGCUGUUCGAGGUGUUCGUCGAGACGCUGCUGCGUAAGACCGAAGUCACGGGGUGCGGAGCUAGCGUCGGGACGAGGAAGACGAUCUGGGAAGAGCAGCCCGACCUCGCGGCGCGCGUGGCGGCGUACUGGAUGCACUUCCGCGGCGACCCCGAGAUGGCCGAGCUCCCGCCUGCCACGCGCGCCUCUCUUCGAGCCCAUGUCCUGCAGGAUGGAGAGGAGGCGACCAGGAAACUUGCGUUUGAAUUUGGAGAGGAAAUCGAGGCGGCCGCGGGCCACCUGUUCUUCAUGACGCGGAAGGGCCGUAUCGGACUCUGCCCCGUGGGGGUGAAGAAUACGGAUGUGGUGGCGGCGCUGUUUGGCGGACGCGCGCUAUACAUCCUGCGUCCUCGAGGCCAAUCGCGGUUCGAGUUCGUUGGGGAGUGUUACCUCCACGGCUGCAUGGACGGCAAAGCGGCCCGCGGGCUUUGCAAGGAAAUGGGAGCUGGCGAGGUUUUCGAGCUGCAGUGA